AUGUUUCCACAAUCUGUUCUCGACGCCACACCAUUGAUCAUUGGGGUGUGGGUUGGAGCACUAUCUAUGGUUUUGAUUCUCGGGUUAGUAGCCGAUGUCGUUGAAGGAUUUCACCGCAAUGAACUGUGGUUUCCCUGCAGGUUUGUGUCUAUAGAUGGUGUGUACAUCCUACUGAUGAUACAAUGUUCUUCCGCAAUGGCCAUACCAGAUGAUAUAACUAGUGAGUUAACUGGUUACAACCUUAAUCUUGCAAAAUUUGUUUACAUUAUGUUUGUAUUCACUAUGCUAGCCAACUAUCUCCCUUCACUAGGUUUUAUGAAUAACGAAGAGCUUAUUGAUAGCAUGAAAUGUUUGGGUCUUUUUUUCUUUUGGAUUGGUUCGUUACUUCUUGACCAAACUUGUAGCCAGGCGUCAGAUAUACCCUCUUUCGUAGUGAUAUUUAUUAUAAAUAUCCUACUAUGGCCCUUUUUGGUAGCAUUGGCCGUUCCAGCUUUCAGAAGGAAACAAUUACGAAGAUUGCCUUCAAAUGUUAUCAUGGAAGAAACAGAACACCUUCAGUUUAUGAUUGCUUCUUCUCCGUUUUUUUCUGCUUGCGGGGUUAUAUGCACCUUCUUCGCCCUUUAUACCCUUGCUACUUUAUAUUCCUUUGGUUUCAGACCAAUUUUUAGCGUUAAAGUAAUUAUCUUAGUACAAUCAAGUGGGAUCGUACUAGGCGGUAUCACGCUUAUGUUUAGAUGUUUCAAUGCUACCAUACUCUCCGAAAGAUGCACUCUGAACCAGCUUCUACAUGUUUUCAAAGUCGAAAAGCAUUGGACUGAAAUUGUCAGGGAACAGAAACACCAUUUUGUCUAUUCGCGUGUCCUAGCCCAACCCUACCGAAACAAAAAGAUUUUCCGAGUUGUCAAGCACAUGAUUAUGAACCUGUAUAUAGGACAUCUAUUAACGACUCUUGUUAUCUGUCAAAUUACAAGUCUUGUCCCAAUUUGUCUUGUGAUAUGUUAUCUUGCUGUUGCGGGAGCGUGCACCAGAGUGAUCACAUGGUCAGCUACUACGCGUCUUCCGGAGUUAAGCGAUGACUGCUCAUGA